AUGUUUAUAUAGCUGCUUUUGCAAGAACUCCUCUUGGUGGUUUUAAUGGAUUAUUAACUUCUUUUACAGCAAUAAAACUUGGCUCCAUUGCUGUUGAAGCUAACAUUAGUCCUGAGCUUGUUAAAGAAGUCUUUUUUGGAAGUGUUCUUUCUGCUAACCUUGAAUCCAGCAUGCCAAGUAGCUUUAGGUGCAGAUUAUUGGUUGCUGGUGGUACAGAAUCUAUGUCAAACACACCUUAUUAUGCCACAAAAACAAGAUUUGGUUCUAAAUAUGGGGAUCAAACACUUGUUGAUGGUAUUGUAAAAGAUGGCUUAACAGAUGUCCAUAAUAGUUAUCUUAUGGGCAUUGCUGCUGAAGAUUAUAAUAUUACUCAUGAAGAACAAAAUGAUUAUGCUAUUUAUUCAUAUAAAUGUGCACAAAAAGCAUUUGCAGAAAAUAAAUGUUCGGAUGAAAUUGUUCCAAUAAAGUAUCUGGUGGUAGAGUUAAAUGUUGAUAAACUGCGUGCUAUGAAGCCAGCAUUCAUUGAUAAUGGUAGUGUGACAGGUCCCAAUUCUUCGCCAUUAAGUGAUGGUGCAACAGCUAUUAUUCUAAUUAGUGGAGAGAAAGCUAAAGAGUUGGGUAUUAAAGUUGUUGCAAAAAUUUUAAGUUGGAGUGAUGCUCAGGCACCAGCAAAAUUUACAACAUCACCAUCUGUAGCCAUACCAAAAGAUUUAUCUCAUGCAAAAAAAUCACUUUCAGAUAUUGAUUAUUUGGAGAUUAAUGAAGCAUUUUCUGUUAUUGCUUUAGCAAAUUUAAAAUUGCUUCCACUAGAUAAAGAAAAAGUCAAUAUUUUUGGUGGUGCAGUUGCAAUGAAAUCACCAGUAAAGAAUUAUUUUUUAGUAGAAGCCAUUGGAAUUGGUAGACCUACAUAUAUGAAUGAUGAAGUACCAUACCAACUGGUAGGUCUUUACUCAAAAGAUUCUUCAGUAUCAACAUCACUGGAAAGGUUUUCAAAUGGUGAUGUUGUUAGGAUAUCUGGCAAAUUCACAAUUUUGAAUAAAGGCUCUGUAUUGUUAACAAAUGUUAAUGUUUUACCAAUUGAACCACAAAAUUUGCUAAGCAAAGAAAAUAAAAUCAACAUCACAAUUGCUGCAAAUGAAUACAUGGACUCAAAUACAAAAACAAUGAGUUUUAACACCUAUGUUUACUUGAUUGAAGGGAACCUCAUAAAAGUAGCAAAUUCCACCACUCAUGGAAGUGAGAUAUUUGUUGCUGGCAAUCUUGAAUUAUCAGAACAAGUAGUAACAAAAAUUCAAAAAGAACUAGACAAUGAGUAUGUACCAACAAAUAAUAAAAUCCUGAAAUUAGUACAAAUUUCAAUGAGUAACAUAAACAACUUAAAUAAUAAUGAAGAAAACUCAACCACAAGAUGA